AUGAUCGACACCUGCGCAUCGCGCGCAGCCGCCGCGGAUCGCGAACAAACGCGUGCCCCUGGCUCCCGCAGCAGACGCCACCACGGUACGGCGCGCCUGUGCCGCUCGCAACCACUGCUGCAACACUUGGCGUUCUCGUACUCGCGACUGAUACCGUGUGACACAGCGCUCUGUGUCGCUCCUGCUCUCGUCUCACUUCUCUGCCGUCGACGGGUAUACCGCUGCGGCUGCUGUUUCUCUCGCGGUCGGUCUCUCGCGUUCUCUCUCGAAGCUUUCAGCACCAUGGCGCCCAAGGGCAAGGCAAAGUCACGCUCCAGCAAAGCAGGUUUGCAGUUUCCGGUGGGGCGCGUCCACCGGUACCUGCGAGACGGCGGGUACGCGGAGCGCAUCGGCGCUGGCGCGCCCGUCUACCUCGCUGCAGUCAUGGAGUACCUGACCGCCGAGGUUCUCGAGCUGGCGGGCAACGCUGCGCGCGACAACAAGAAGACGCGCAUCAUCCCGCGUCAUAUCCAGCUGGCGAUCCGCAACGACGAGGAGCUGAACAAGCUCCUGGCGGACGUGACCAUUGCGUCUGGCGGCGUGUUGCCGAAUAUCCACGCAGUGCUUCUCCCGAAGAAGAAAGCCAAAGGCGAGUAA